AUGGGUCUGAGUGAGGCUAAGCCUUGUGACACUCCUAUGGUUCCUAAUGUGAGAUUGAAUGUUGAGGAUGAAGAGAUGUUUGGUGAUCCAGAGAGAUACAGACGGAUAGUUGGAAAGUUAAACUACCUUACAGUAACCCGUCCAGAUAUUGCUUUUUCAGUGAGUGUGGUGAGUCAAUUUAUGUCAUCUCCUAGGACAUCUCAUUGGGAUGCGGUCCUCCAUAUUUUGAAGUAUCUAAAAGGAGCCCUUGGACAUGGGAUUCUUUAUAGCGAUCAUGGUCAUAAUAAGGUAGCAGUCAUGAACCGUCAGGAAAAGGUAUUCAACCUCAUUUUUGAGAUAAGUAGUCUCAGAAAUUUAUUGUUGAUGUCUAAAGACAGUUAUGGUAAAGAUGUCUUGCACUUAGCCGGAAAAUUGGCUCGGGAGUAUAAACUAAACCUCAUCCCCGGUGAAGCUAUGCAGAUGAAACAUGAGUUACAUUGGUUUAAGAUGAAAUCCGCUGCAACCUCAUCCUCAGGAGCAGCAGCACUCAUUGCUACAUUAGCAUUUGCAGCAGGAAUGACCAUUCCUGGCAAUUACAACGAUGAGGGCAGACCGAAUUUUAACAAACAAACCACAUUCUUAAUGUUCGGUGUUUCAGAUACGAUCUCCAUGUGUUCAUCACUUGCUGCCAUUAUAAUGUUUUCGUCCAUUUUUACUUCGCGCUAUGCAGAGGAAGAUUUCUUCAAGCGCUUCCCGGGAAGUUAA